AUGACAGUAACUUUACGCACUACAAUGCCUGUCUGUACAUUGUCCCUUCACCGCACGCCAUGCACGUCACUGUGCGCCUUCCAUGGGCAUCCUGCCUGUGUGGGUUAUCAAGCGUCGCGGUUUAGACUGUGCGAAUAUCGAGGAGCGCUGCAUCGACGGAGCAAGAGUGCUGAAUCGAGCUACGAGCUCAUACUGACGGUCUGUCAUCGUUCACUGAUUCACUCAUUCAUUCUGCUAUCUCGACACCGCGUCCGUUCUCGACGCGCAGAGCACUCGUCGACACACUCACUGCGUGCCGGGACACACAGCGCAGUAGGUAAUAGCUACCUAGCGAUUCCAUUCACUGCCCGACGCAAAUACAGCAGCAGUGAAAGCCUCUCGGGUGGGGGCUUCGAAGUAGGUGCUCGUUUCUAUAUACAGUGUGCUUCCGGGUCAGAGACAACCGCCUAUAGAGCGAUCCGUGGAUCAACCAGCCCCGACAAUCAACUCAGAACCCAACUCCCGGCAUCCAGAGUCCCCAACACCAUGAUCUGGCCACUCGUCCUCGCCGCGCUGGGCGCAGCGUUCGCAGUGGGCGCAUACGACUACCCGACCACAUCGUCAGCGCUGGUGGUCGUCGGAAUGGCAGUCUGGGUUGUGUUCCUGAUGGUCGACUAUACUCGCAAGACUGCCACCCCCUCGCUACGAAGGAUGUUGGGGUUAGUAUGCCACAUCACCCCAGCACUAUGUCUUUACUGCACAUGCUAUAUAUCCCAACAGGCAACAAACAGCGCCGAUACAUGGAUGACCGCGCUGCUGGCCUUCCGGUACUGGAGGACGACGGUGCAGCUGUUCUUCUGGUUUGUGUACCAGCCCGCUCGUCCGACGGGGAGGGACGUGAUGAAGGCGGAGGACUGCACCGUUCUGCUGCCUACUGUUGGGCCGGCUGGGAAUGACGUGUUUGAACACCUCGUGGCCUCGGUUCUGGUCAACGAGCCCGCGCGCGUGGUCUUCUCCACUAACACGGCAGAGGCGAAGGAGGCCGUGCAUGGGUUUCUGCGAGGUUUUCGCCCAGACUACGAAAAUGGUGUGACUGACUACCAGCAGCGACACAAUCUCCCCGGUUCCAACAUCGCGUCGGAUAUCAAGGUCGUCAAUGUGGGCGAGUCGAGCAAGCGCCGUCAAGUCGUCGCCGGCCUUGCCCACGUCGAAACCGACAUUGUCGUCUCUUCAGAUGAUACGGCAGAAUGGACGCCUCGCUGGCUGAAGGAAGCGCUCGCUGCUUUCAACGACCCGGAGGUCGGUCUCGUCGGCACACGCAAGUGGGUCAAGCAUCUCCCCUCGCCCCCCGUGAACCCAGCUGACGGACUCUUCUACAACGCGUGGCUGCGGUGGUACGCGCGCUUCUGGAACAACAUGGGCGGCUUGUAUCUGAUCCGGCACAACUUCGAGAUGCAGUCGACCAACGCGGCCGACGGAGGCGUCUUCUGCGUCUCGGGCCGCUCGUGUCUGAUCCGGGCGAGCAUCCUCGACAGGACAUUCCAGCACGCCUUCACCCACGAGUUCGUCCUCGGCUGCGGGCCCGUCCAGCCUGAUGACGACAACUUCAUCACGCGCUGGAUCCUCAAGGCGGGCUGGAAGGUCAAGGCCCAGUGCCAGCACGAAGCCACCAUGACGACGGUGCUGGGCGCUUACCCCAAGGGCUUCAAGUUCUUCCCGCUGCAAUGCCAGCGUUGGUCUCGCUCGACGUUCCGCCAGAAUCCCAUCGCCCUGUUCCUCGAUCGCAACAUCUGGUGGGAGUGGCCGCUGACCGUGUGGACGACGUACCUGCCAUGGAUGUACAACGCCGCGCUGUUCUGGGACCUGUUGGCCGUGUACACGCUGACGCAGACCACCGUCUUCAACCAGGCUGCCCAUCCGCGCGUGAUGCUCGCGGGCUUCGUCUACUUCCUGCAGCUUGCCAAGCUGGUCAAGACAGCGGCGUGGUGGUGGGCGCAUCCUGUUGACUUCCUGUUGUACUUUGUCAUCCCCAUGUACCCUGCUUUCACAUAUCGCCACUCCCUCAUGAAGGUCCACACCGCGUUCACGUGUCUGGAUAUGGAGUGGUCGGGCCGUAAGCUUCCGCCGCCGGAGUAG